CACGCAUGCGCGUCACACGUCUCACGCGGCGCUUUCAAAAUGUUUGCUGUAGCGUAAACACAAUGUUGGAUACACUUUAUUUCACUCAAUUUCACCUUUGCCGUGGGCGUCCGCAUCACUAUACCGCUUCUCCAAAGUAAAAGAGUGAUGAACAAAAACAAGCUACAAUGGAAGAGGGACCGAUCAGCUUCACAGCUCUGAGGGCCAAGUUUCAGGAAGAGGCCCUGCUGGCUCAAUCCAAAACCAGUCGACCAACUGUUGCAGAGAAGCCAAAAUACGUUCCUCCUCCUGGAGGACACUGCGUCAACGUGGUUAGCGGUAUUAAUAUCGCUGUAGAGAACAAAACAACAGUUCCCCGGGUCAUCUUCAGAGACGGGCUGCGAUCAUCUGGUGGCAAGCGACCAAUUUCCUUCCCACCACAGCCUCAGCGGACCUCCCCCUCAUCCCAGCUUGCUGACGGAGACAGUACAACAAGGCAGUCCCUCAAAGACAGACACAUGCCUCUGGUGCUUCCUUCCCUGCCUGCAAAAGAGCAAAAGACAGAAAAAGCAGCCAAAAAAGAGCACAAACUAGUACCAGAGCCAGUAAAAGAUGUCCUGUCACAUACUAAAAUUAAGAAGAAAGGAUUACUUCUACCUUUCAAGUCAAUCAAAGCAUCAAAAGUCAGUACAGAAAACAGAGAGGAACCUACAUAUGCAGAUUUGACCACCAGACCUUCUAGUGCUCCAGGCGAGUUGCCCUCUAUGGAAAAACAAACCGCAGACGAUGGGACUUCCCUGCAAAGUGACCAGUCAACCAGCGAGUUCCCUCUCUCCAGUCCAGAUAUCUCAACCACCCCUCCCCCUGCAGAGACAAGUGGUGACUCCGACAACAAAAUUAUUAGCACUUUGGAGCGAGCCAAAAAGAAAUUUUCACGCAGGCAGAUGUUGAUCUCUGCAAAAACGAAAAGCCUGCGUUCCCCUGACUAUGUCUCAGGAGACAAAACGUUCCCUUCACCACCACAGGACAUUCAGAGUGCUGAGCCUGAGCUGUCCUUACCCCCAGCAGGUUGCCUUCCACACCUGGCUUAUAUUUCAGCCCGGCCUUUCUUCAAAGCCAAAAGCUCUGGACAAAAGUCUCCAUUGAGUAAGCGGUUUGGCAGGAAUAAAGCCAAGCUUCCCUCUGUCAGUACUGCUGAACCUCAUCAAUUCUCUGCUCCUCACAAGAAACCUCUACCUGACCUAAGGUCAUUGGGGUCACAUCUUCCAAAGCCCCCUAGACCUCCGUUAGUAGAUCUUAGCACUUACAUCCUACCCACCCUUACUGAGGUGUCACCGGGUCUAAGCCAAGAACUAAGCGAUGAGCCAGAGUCCAACUCCAACCCUGUGCUAGAUGCUCCAGAGUUUCCAGACUUUGAGAACUCUGAGAUGGACACGGCAGAGGGAGAAGCUGUUGACAUUGUUGCUCUAGAGCUGGAGGCUUUAGACUUAGUCAGCACUGAUCUUCCUCUGCCAGAUGACUGCGGGGCCUCAGAUUUUGAAGAUCCACAACCUGAUUUGUCUGUGUGUGAACCUGCAGAGCCCCAUAUGAGCAGCGCCUUCCAAGAUCUGAACCUUGGCACUCAAAACAUAAUACCCCUUGAUCCAGCCAGCUUCCCUGAACCAAUAAAUCUCUCAGAAUUCCCAGAGGCUGCGUCACUAGAGCACUGUUCCCAGGGUGAGGAGGUCAGCAUAGACCCUCUGUCUAACUCUCAGGCUGAUGAAGCUGAUCUGGGAGCUGCUGAGUCUCACUCUGCUGUACAGGAAACACACGAUGUUAACCACUCUGCAUUGAAUGAUGGGACUCAACCACAUCCCAGUGCACAUGAACAGAACGGUUACCAUGAAGCAUGUGAAAAUGUGUAUGAGGACGUUGAGAACCUCAACAAAUUAAUCCAGGCCCACAACCUGCGUAAAGCAAAAGGUUCUCGAAGGAAUCCAUAUGCUGAAAACCUCCCUGUGAAGGAGGGGGCGUGUCUUCACAUGUGGCCACAUAAUCCCUGGGCUGGUGUAUCAGGAGAAAAUGCUCAGCCAGCCCACAUUCAUGUCCUCAGAAAAGAACCCCAAAGUCCCAACACAGCUGACCUUAAAGAGCAGAAGAAGAGGGAGAAGCAGCGGCUGGAGAAGGAGAAAAAGGAGCAGAAAGAAAGGGAGAAGAAGGAAAAUGAAAUGAAAAAGAAGUAUAAAGUGACCGGUGAAGAGGAGCCCAUGUACCACGCUAAUGUGAUGUUGGCGAGCAAGGUUCGUAAGAACGACCUGCCUGUGAAAACUGGGGACACAGUGAGCAUCAUUCGCACCACCAACUGCCCCAAAGGAAAGUGGUUAGCCAGGGAUACAAACCAGAAAUAUGGUUAUAUUUCAGUCAUGAAUGUGGAACUAAAUAUCAAAGAAAUGCUAGAACUUGGCAAGAAGGCCCAAGCAGCUGGGAGAGGAGCUAGUCAGGAGGGAGACACCAUCAGCAUUGGAAGCAGAUCCUCUAGCCACCCCGUGCUCACAAGCAGUUUCACAGAUGACAGUGAGGAGUGGGCCUGCGAAGACGAGACCCUCUCACCCACCAAUGAAAACUGCUUUCCCCAACAGACUGCCUCACUGCCUGAUAUGUCAUGCGGCCAUUUCAGCGCCCAGCACACUCUGAGCGACGCCAACCUGGAGGACUUACACACACAGACCAGACAUGAGGCCCUGCAGAAACUCACCAUCUUCUUUCAACACAGCAAAAACGACUUUGGUGACAUGGCUGAUAGCGAGGGAGCAACCCCUACGAAGUAAAAUAUUUCUUUAUCCAUUUCUUCAGUCCAAUGACGUUGUCACAUUCCAAA